GAAGGGAAAAGGAGGUAAGAUGAUGAUGUUGAUGUUGAUGUUGAUGAAAUUAUUCCGCCAUCCUCGCCGUAGUUGCCAGAUUGAGAUUAUUUUCCAUCGACCGGGCGAGAUGGGCGACGGCCAAACCUCCGCAAACACUGGACUUCAUUCUAAUCAUUCAAUCAAUCAUUCAAAAGGCGGGAGAGACCUUCUGUCAAGUCAUAAAUCCGGCCAACCCCGGUGGUCAGCUUCUUUGACAUAUACAGUGUCAAGAAUCUUGUCAGGGAGAGAUUGGUUGUUCAUCAUGUCUCGAUCAUUGAUCCCGAGGCGCAUCUGGGCAACCACCGCCACCAGGCCUUCAAUAUGUCUAUCAUGCAGAGUCAGAGCGAGACACAUUUCAUCCUCUGGCACUCUGAGAGCACAGAAUUCAGACGCCCAGAACAAGCUGAUGGGAGACCAUCUGAAAGAAGCUGAUCCCGAGAUAUUUGAGAUUUUGCAAAGGGAGAUAAAACGACAGAAACACUUUAUCAAUCUGAUUCCGUCAGAGAACUUCACAUCACAGGCGGUCUUGGACGCCCUGGGAAGUGUUAUGCAAAAUAAAUACUCUGAAGGCUACCCCGGAGCCCGUUACUACGGCGGCAAUGAACACAUCGACGAAUCAGAGAGGCUUUGCCAACAGCGAGCCUUGGAGGCAUAUCGUCUUGACCCUGCCGAAUGGGGCGUCAAUGUCCAAUCUCUUUCUGGGUCUCCCGCAAAUCUCUAUGCCUACUCCGCCCUCCUCAACUCACACGAGAGAAUCAUGGGCCUGGACCUGCCUCACGGCGGCCACUUGUCCCACGGAUACCAAACCCCAACCAAGAAGAUUUCCAUGAUUUCCAAAUACUUUGAGACGUUCCCUUACCGCCUAGAUGAGUCGACCGGCCUGAUCGAUUACGACCGACUCCACGAAAACGCCAUCUUGUAUCGACCCAAGAUCAUCGUCGCCGGUACCUCCGCCUACAGCCGACUGAUUGACUACGAGCGCAUGCGUGCUAUCGCAAACGAUGUAGGUGCCUACCUGCUUUCCGACAUGGCUCACAUCUCCGGCCUGGUUGCCGCAGACGUUAUUCCCAGCCCAUUCAACUACUCCGACGUCGUGACAACCACCACGCACAAAUCCCUUCGUGGCCCUCGCGGCGCCAUGAUUUUCUUCCGCAAGGGCGUCCGCUUGACCAACAAAAAGGGCGAAAAGAUCAUGUACGAUCUCGAACAGCCUAUCAACGCAUCCGUCUUCCCAGGCCACCAAGGCGGACCGCACAAUCACACCAUCACCGCCUUGGCCGUGGCCUUGAAGCAAGCCCAGUCCAAAGAAUUCAAGGAGUACCAGAAGAUCGUGCUUGCCAACGCAAAAGCACUAGCCGAGCGUCUCGGCAACGCUGCGUACACAGGCGGCCUGGGCUACAACAUCGUCAGUGGAGGCACCGAUAACCAUUUGGUCCUGGUCGACCUCAAGUCCAAGGGUAUCGACGGUGCUCGUGUCGAGCGUGUCCUUGAGCUCUGCGGCGUCGCGUCCAACAAGAACACCGUUCCGGGCGAUAAGUCAGCCCUGAAACCCGGUGGUCUGAGGAUGGGUACACCGGCCAUGACCACACGUGGAUUCCAGCCGAAUGAUUUCACGCGCGUGGCAGAGAUCGUGGACCGCGCAGUCUCGAUCGCUCUCAAGGUCGACAAGAAGGCUAGGUCGGAGGCCGAGUCCAAGGGCAAGAAGAAUCCUGGCGCGGUCAAGAGUUUCUUGGAUCACUUGAAAGAUGGCACUGACGUGCCUGAGAUUUUGACGCUGCGACAAGAGGUGGAGGAUUGGGUGGGCACAUUCCCUGAGCCGUGGAUCCAGGAAUGAUGGCCACAAUGAAGCGCAGCGUGUAUCCUUGUUUGGAACAGGCGACGUACGAGUCAUUUACUCUCAUCAUCUUGUGAAGUGCCGCAAUGUGUUUAGCACAAAAGUAAUUGUACGGAGUUUGAACAGGAGGAUCGUACUUCGACUGGUGUUGACAUAAUACCUCCAAAAGCAAGUAAUGGACACACAUUUUAGCAGGACGAGCAUGAA